UCUCGCGAGGUCUUCUGGGUGCUUCCGGUUGCACGACUCACAUCGAAUGACGUUGAAUAACAACGCUGAAAAAAUGGCUGCAGGAAGCAGCAACUAUUGGGAAGAUUUGCGGAAACAAGCACGUCAAUUAGAAAAUGAAUUGGACCUCAAGUUGGUAUCCUUCAGCAAACUUUGCACCAGCUAUAGCAGCUCCAGAGAGGGCCGUCGAGGAGAAAGCUCUGACACCACACCACUUCUCAACAACUCUACGCAGGAUAGGAUGUUUGAAACUAUGGCUGUGGAAAUUGAACAACUUCUUGCAAAGCUGACAGGAGUCAAUGACAAAAUGUCAGAAUAUAGCAACACACCAGGUGUUACAUCUUUAAAUGCAGCAUUGAUGCACACACUUCAGAGACACAGAGAUAUCCUCCAGGACUACACCCAUGAAUUUCAUAAAACCAAAGCCAAUUUCCUUGCAAUUCGCGAAAGAGAAGACCUUUUAGGAUCUGUACGGAAAGAUAUUGAGUCAUACAAAAGUGGGUCUGGUGUGAACAACAGAAGAACAGAACUAUUUUUGAAGGAGCAUGAGCAUCUGCGCAACUCUGAUCGUCUCAUAGAUGACACAAUAAGUAUUGCCAUGGCAACAAAAGAGAAUAUGACUUCCCAACGAGGAAUGCUGAAGUCGAUUCAAAGUCGUGUCAACACUCUUGCCAAUCGGUUUCCUGCUAUUAACAGUCUAAUUCAGAGGAUAAACUUGAGGAAGAGGAGAGAUUCUUUAAUCCUUGGAGGAGUCAUUGGGAUCUGUACCAUUCUGCUGCUGCUGUAUGCUUUCCAUUGAUGAACAGUUCACCUGUCAGUAGGGCUGGAAAAAUAGGUUGUAAACUGGCAGUGCCCAUGUUGCUGACAUUUAACCUGUGGCCAUUUGAAAACUUUUCCCGGUUUCAGAGCUCUGCUGCAGUUAGAUGUUCUCAGUAGCACAUUAAAUUAUAUGUGAAUUAUUUCAUAUAAAUUUAAGGAAACAGAUUGUAGAGAUGCUGAAAUGUGUAUGUGUGUGUGUGUGUGUGUGUGUGUAUAUAUAUAUAUAUAUAUAUAUAUAUAUAUAUAUAUAUAUAUAUAUAUAUAUAUAUAUAUAUAUAUAUAUAUAUAUGUGUGGGUGAGCUGUUCAGGUGGCAUUUGUUUCAUGCUUUAAUUAAGCAAAUCACAAUAGUUAAUUCUUACAGGAACAUAUAGAACUGCAGUUGGGAUGACUUUUUUAGGCAGGAUGUACAAAGAGUGAGGCUGGAAUAACAUUUCUCUUUUUAGUUGUCCUUUUUCCUUUUUUUAUGACUCAUCCUUGUUCUUUUGGAUGUUCAGGAUUUUCCUAAUGCAUAUCUGUAAAUAAAUGUGAAUUUAACUUUGGUGUCUAUUGAAACGUUGAAGAUCAGUUUAAAAACUUGCUUUCAUUUAACAGAAAGUUGCAUUUCCCUUCUGUGAAGUGUUUAGUUAUACAUCAGAUUUGGGUGUAUAGGUGAAAAACUCCAACGUAUAAGUUGAUGAUCUAAUUUUAAAAAAUAUGUUCCUUUAUUAAUUUGGUUCAAUAUAUGUUACUAGUGCACCCAGACUACAGUUACCAUGAUUUAUAACAUAACUACAUCCAAGUAAAUAUAUAUUUCAUUUAGUUUUCAGCAGGGUUGCUGCAGGGUGACCUGAAAUUAUACAAAAUGUGUGCUGCAGGACUGUAUGUGCUGAAGUAAACCCUGGGGUGAAUCAGGCAGUUACCUUUAAAUAUUUUGCAUGAAUUACCUGACAGUUUCUUCUGUCCAUUGGUUUCCGGUUGAACAUUAUAAAAACCCAGUUUUUCCAUAUUACAUUCCUGAUUUUGACCUUUGUAAUAUGUAACUUCUAAGUGUUGGGUUUAGAAAUGUCAUGUGAGUCUUAAGGACCGUACAAAAGUGAAAUUCAUAUUACCGUCUGUGUUUUGAUUAUGUCCAGAGGUGUUUCUACAUUAUAAAUUAUUUUCAGCUACUUUCAGUCCUAAAUCUUCAAUUAUUAAAUGAAAAUAACAUUCACUUGUUUUAACAUUUAACAGCACAACUUAAGGAUAGGUAUUUGAUGGACACCUUCAAGAGAUUCUAGAAAUAUUUGAUUCAUUUUCUUUUUAUUUUUAGAUCAAAUAAUACAGAUUAACACCAAGUGACAUUGGAUUGAAGGUUUCCUAACUCUUUAGAUAUAUCUGUAUGUCCUGCAUUUUUAUAGUUGUUCUCCAAUAUUUUUAAUGUUUUGGUCAAGCUUUCUUUUUCUGCUUUGACGUUCUCAAAAAUCUAAAGUUUUUUAUUUAUAGUGCAAGAUGGGUUUUUAUGGCAAUUAAGACCCAACAUCUCAAGACAAACCAUAAAACAAAUUUCCUACUUUAUUAAUUGUGAGACAACAACAUUCUAAUUAUAUGUCUCAUCAACUCUUAUUAGGCUUAUAUGGCUGCCCUAUAAGAGUUAAUAGUUCUGUCAGUCAAAAUAACACCACAGUGGAAUUUUACUAACCUUUGUGCAUUUUACAUACAUUGUUUCAUUGCUCAGAUAUACUGAAGUAUUAUUUAAAUUUGGAGCUUUUGGAUGACCCAUAUCUAUUCCCAGUGAGACUGCUAAAUUCAACAAAAAGAAGACCAAAGCUCUUUGGUUUUAAUUUAAACAGUUUUAUGAAAUCAUGUAUGUAAUGUUAGAUUUUUUUUUUCUUUUCCAGUUCUUUUAUUGGUAAAGUAAUGAGCGCAACAGUUUCAUAUAACUUAUAUGGGUAGGAUAUGAUUUUGAAGUAUUUGCAAGGAUUUAGCAGAACUGUGAAGGUUACCUGAAAUUCAUUCUGAAAAUGCUGGAAGAAAAGGUUUUUUUUUUUUUUGUUUGUUUUUUACGGUGUACGUUUCUCCAGCAUUUUUGUAAACUCCAGUGCCGGGGUAGUGACAAUUAAGUUCACCUAGAUAAGCCCAUGUCCUUGCUGUUAUUGGUUAUUUUGUGUGUGUGUGUUUUAAAUUAAUUUCUUUUGUCUACUUUGAUUGCCCAGUGGGUUAACUUCUGAUCUUCUACAAAAUCAGCUCUUACUAGGUUUCAUCAGAAUUGAGUCUUACAUGUCUGAAUUUGGGGGAAAAAGAAUAUUCUACCUUUCAAAUACUUGUUAAAUGUAUUGCAUUUAUUUCACUUUUGUAAAUAGCAUUAUUAUUAUUAUUAUUAAUUUUUGACAUUAAAGUUACAAUCUCACAGAAAA